AUGGAUCCCAACGUGCAACGCGUCCUCGACGAGCUCUCCGGCCUCAACCGCCGCUUCGACGAGCAGGCGGAGCAGGCGGCGGGGCUCAACAGGCAGUUCGACGACCUCGAGCGCAACCUGUCGGCGCGCAAUGUGGUGGUCGGCACCCGUAUCACCGACCUCUCCCGCCGCAUCUGCGAUUUGGAGGCGGCGCCGGCGGAUCCUCAGGUGCAGGCUGUCGAGGGGCGUCUCGCCACGCUCGAGGCCAGCUUCACCGACUUCGACGCCCGCAUCGUCGACUUGGAGUGCCUGCGCACGGCUAGCAUCAAGGAUGAGCGUGAUGCCCCGUGGCGUGGAUCCGGGGUCGUCACGACCUGGUCCCCGACCCGACCAAUGAAAACAUUGCCGGUAGCAGUUGCAGAUAAACGUCUAAGCAGGAAGACCAUCAAAGAACUUCAUGUAGUCAUCAAGCUGCUCCUCAUGCCUGAUCUUAACGAUUGA